CCCUUUUUUUAUAGUCUGUUGAAUUUGUGUCGCGGAUGAGUUGAGAAAUGUGUUAAUUAUAAACGUGUUGUUUGGGAUAGAGUAAGGAAUAGAGGUAUUUUUGUCGUCGAUAUUUAUUCUGUGUCGGUAGGAUAUAAAAUAAAAUACAGCGCGGUUUUUAUGUCUCGAAGCCUUAGUCGACCAACAUUUACUUUUUUAUUGGAGCUGUUAACUCCACAAUUAUUGAAACAGUCUGAAGGAUGUGGGAGGCAUACUAUUUCACCAGAGAAGACAUUAUUCUUGGCAAUAUGGAUGAUAGCAACUCUCAAUUCGUAUAGAUGUGUUGCUGAUCGAUUCGAUGUCGGAAAAACAACGGCUUGGAGAUGUGUUCACAAAGUUGUGAAUGCAUUAUAUUCACAUCUUCAUACAUUCAUUACAUGGCCAGACAGAGCAAGAGCAGAAAAUAUUUGGACACAUGUUAAAAACAAAUACAAGUUUCCAAAAGUGAUAGAAGCGAUAGACGGUACUCAUAUAAAAAUUGCAGCACCGAAAUUACAUCUAGAAGUUUACAUAAAUAGAAAAGGCUAUCACUCUAUACAGACACAGAUAAUAUGUGAUAAUGAAUUAAAAAUCACUCAUGUUUAUGCAGGACAAGUAGGGUCAAUGCAUGACAUGAGAGUUUUUAGAUUAUCUGGCUUUGAAGACAUGUGUACUGUAGAAAACUUCCCAGAUAGCCAUUUAUUAGGUGAUGCCACAUAUAGCAUCCAAAAAUAUAUAAUAGUUCCGUUUAAAGAUAACGGACAUUUAACAGAUGCACAAGUAAAAUAUAAUACUUGUUUGUCUGAAGCGAGAAUGAUGGUAGAAAGAACAAUAGGCUUGUUAAAAGGAAGAUUUCUUUUGGAUAUAUUACCUAUCAGAAGAACUGAUUUGAUACCUAAAUAUAUUUGUGCCUGUUGUGUUUUACAUAAUAUUUGCUUAAUACGAAAUAAUAACAUUGAUGAUAUUCCAAUUAUUGUAGAGCCAAAUGAACCUAUACAAUAUGAAAUCAAAAAUAUACCUCAAUACGAGAAGAAGGUAUUGAGAAACGUAACACUAUUGUAUAUCAUUUGCAAAAUGAAAAUUAUUUUGAAUAAAGAUGUAUGAAAUUAUAAAACA